AAUGCUGAAGAAGCUAAAGUUGGAUGGUUCUAUGAAGACCACAAAACCUUCUAGAACUAACACCCAAAAAAGGUGUCCUUUUCAUUAUAGGGGACUGAAAUAAAUGCAAAAGUAGGAAGUUAAAAGAUUCCAGGAGGCUUUUUGUGCUGGUAUCGCUCUUGCAAACAUGUUGAACGUGCCAAAAACCCGCCGGACUUUCUGUAAGAAGUGUGGGAAGCACCAGCCCCACAAAGUGACACAGUACAAGAAGGGCAAGUAUUCUUUAUAUGCCCAGGGAAAGCGGCAUUAUGACAGGAAGCAGAGUGGCUGUGGUGGGCAGACUAAGCUGAUUUUCCGGAAAAAGGCUAAAACUACAAAGAAGAUUGUACUGAGGCUUGAAUAUGUUGAGCCCAACUGUAGAUCAAAUAGAAUGCUGGCUAUUAAGAGAUGCAAACAUUUUGAGUUGGGAGGCAAUAAGAAGAGAAAGGGCCAAGUGAUCCAAUUUUGAGCUUCAUAUUUUGUUUUAUUAUGAAGACAACAAAAGUUUGAGAUCGUUUACUUAAAAAAAAAAAAAGAUUCCAGGAGUAACAGACAAAUUUGGCCUUGGUGUACAAAAUGAAGCAGGGCAAAGGCUGACAAGACUUUUGCCAAGAGAAUGCACUGGUCAUAGCAAGU